ACGAACGUGAGGAGCUCGACCCUACCAGAUACCCACCCAGCCGGGGAUCCCCCUCGUUUCAGUGUCACGUUCGCUGGACUCUAGGGCAGAACAACUGCGCAUUUCCAGACAUGGCGAGAUCGAGACCUACGGUCAAAACAAGGGUAGUGAACCGCCCACUCACUAUCGCGCGGCGCGAGCACCAGGCACAGGAGAAGGGGCGUGGCGCGGCGGCCGCGGAGCGUGCGCAGGCGCAGUGCGCUGUGGCGCUGAUAGCGGAAAUGGACCUGGUAGCCGAGUUCCCCCAGCCUGCCGGUGCCGCGCGCUGGGCUGAGGUUAUGGCUCGCUUCGCUGCCGGGCUGGGCGCUCAGGGCCGGCGGGUGGUGUUGGUCACGUCUGGCGGCACCAAGGUCCCAUUGGAAGCGCGGCCCGUCCGCUUCUUGGACAACUUCAGCAGCGGGCGGCGCGGUGCAACCUCGGCUGAGGCCUUCCUAGCCGCCGGCUACGGGGUCCUGUUUUUGUAUCGCGCUCGCUCCGCCUUCCCCUAUGCCCACCGCUUCCCACCCCAGACUUGGCUGUCGGCUCUGCGGCCUUCAGGGCCAGCCCAUUCAGGCUUGCUGAGCCUGGAAGCCGAGGAGAACGCACUCCCGGGUUUUGCUGAGGCUCUCCGGAGCUACCAGGAGGCUGCGGCUGCAGGCACCUUCCUGGCGGUAGAGUUCACCACUUUGGCGGACUAUUUGCAUCUGUUGCAGGCUGCGGCCCAGGCACUCAAUCCGCUAGGCCCUUCUGCGAUGUUUUACCUGGCUGCGGCCGUGUCAGAUUUCUAUGUUCCUGUCUCUGAAAUGCCUGAACACAAGAUCCAGUCAUCUGGGGGCCCACUGCAGAUAACAAUGAAGAUGGUGCCAAAAAUGCUUUCUCCUUUGGUUAAAGAUUGGGCUCCCAAAGCGUUUAUAAUUUCCUUUAAGUUGGAGACUGACCCCUCCAUUGUAAUUAAUCGAGCUCGGAAGGCUUUGGAAAUUUAUCAGCAUCAAGUGGUUGUGGCUAAUAUCCUUGAGUCACGACAGUCCUUUGUGUUUAUUGUAACCAAAGAUUCGGAAACCAAGUUACUGCUAUCAGAGGAAGAAAUAGAAAAAGGCAUAGAGAUAGAAGAGAAGAUAGUCGAUAAUCUUCAGUCUCGACAUACAGCUUUUAUAGGUGACAAAAACUGAAGUAAAAUGCCCUUACAGGAUCAAAAAUUGUUCAGGGCUCUUACAGAUGGUGAAAACUAUAAUAAAACCUUUGCUUUCAUAUGGAUAGAUAAAAUGAAAAGGGAAAAGGCAGUGGUGUGCAGGCAAAUAAGGUUUGGUAUUUGUCUUUUAAUGAGGACACCUGAUACACUUACUUGAAUGUCAUCUUGAUUUUGAAAUUGAACACUAGAACUGUUUCUCACCUUUAAAAAGAAGAGCUUAUUGGGAAUUACAUAUUCCUUAAAAUAUACAUGGGGGCCUGAAUAUCGUCUGUCUUUAUACUGUAAAAAGAGGAUUAUGGAUGCAUGAAUGGCCAUGCUUUGGAGAUAAAAUAUUUGUUGAGUGCCUACUGUGUGUCAGGCCCUGUGCUGAGCCAUGAGGAUUAAAAAGAUGAAUAAACAUGUCUUGUUUGGGAAAUGGAUGUAUAAAAAAUUAAGUGCAAUAAAGUGUCCAAAAGCUGA